UUGUGAUAGACAACCAAACAAAAAAAAAUUGGUUGGCCAGGAAUAAGAUGCCUUGUUGGUACUAUGACAAAAAAGAACUACGUGAGACACCCUCAAUUCUGGAUGGCGCCACAUACGAAACGGAGCGUCGCUAUCGCAAGGAAGGCGCACGCUUCAUCAUGGAGUGCGGCACCAAAAUGGGCCUCGGCCACAACACAAUGGCCACCGGUGUCGUCUACUUCCACCGCUUUUACAUGUUUCACUCGUUCAAGAGCUUUCCACGCUACGUUACUGCGUGCUGUUGCCUGUUCCUCGCCGGCAAAGUGGAGGAGACGCCCAAGAAAUGUCGCGACAUUAUCAAAACGGCACGCGGCAUACUCAAUGACAAUUAUUUCUACUCGUUCGGCGAUGAUCCCAAGGAGGAGGUAAUGACACUGGAGCGCAUACUGCUGCAAACGAUCAAAUUUGAUCUGCAGGUGGAGCAUCCAUAUACGUUCCUCCUCAAGUAUGCCAAGUGCUUCAAGGGCGACCAACAGAAACUGCAGAAGAUGGUACAAAUGGCGUGGAAUUUUGUAAAUGAUUCCCUCAGCACUGUGGUCUGUCUGCAAUGGGAGCCGGAGAUUAUCGCUGUGGCUCUAAUACACUUGGCCAGCAAGCUGAGCAAAUUCACAGUACUGGAUUGGCUGGGACGGCAGGCGCAGCAUCAGCGUUGGUGGGAUAUGUUCGUGUCGAAUGUCACCAUGGAGAUACUCGAGGAUAUUUGCCAUCAGGUGCUGGACCUGUACCAGUCGACGCAAAAGGAGGGCCAGGAACCGAAUAGUCCGCCACAGAAGCCACCCAGUCGUGCCGACAGUCCGACACCGACAACCAAUGUUAAAUCUCUAACUGCCAACGUCGAUUGUCCUCCACCACCAGCAGCAUCCCAACAGCCCAGUGGUAACGGUGGCAACAUCGAGCUUAAUAACAUACAGACCAUUAAAUCGCUGGCGAGCGUGGUGUCAGUUUCUGGGCCUUUGGCGCCGCCCAGUGAUACGCUGCCGCUAGGCAUUGGUGUGAAUGCUGUGGGUGCACCACUGCCACCACCGCCAACGAGUAACUUGAACAGCAAUGCUGCCAACUACCACAUGUACCAUGCACCACCGCCGCCGCCACCCCCCGUUGUGCCCAUGCCGCCAUAUGCGGGCAAUGCGUGGACACAGCAACCGCCACCGCCGACCCAUUAUGCGGCUGCGGCACUGCCACCAUCCAUGCCCCCUAAUAUGGGACCGGGACCAGGAGCGAACAGUGGUGGCGGCGGUGCACCCGGCUACUACAAUGCUGGACGCCAACAGCAGCAACAACAACAGCAGCAGCAGCAGCAACGCUAUCAAUAAAAAAAGCAUUAUUUUUUUGUUUUUAAAUCAAUUGGUGGAGUUCAGUUUUAGGGAGAUUCACACAUGAAAUAAUAUUAUAAAGCGUAAUUUUAUUAAAAACAAAAACAUUCUCACCGUUGAUGCAUUAUUUCAGGGGGGGACAUUAUUCUAGUCCAAGGAGUUGAGGCUGCGUCUUUUUGUCUUGAAAUGUGAUGAGUAUGUGUAUUCAAAUUUCGAUCUCUCGACGCUUACACGCUCCUCUAAUCGUGCUUCCCCAAGUUGCUUGCAACAAAUUCUAAAA